AUGGCCCUGGAGCUGGAGGAGGCCUUCGGGGCGGCGGGGGAGUUCGGCGGCGGCCAGCGGCGCCUCACCGCCUUCCUGGUGCUGCUGCAGGUAUAUGUGGCUUGUCAGUCAAUGCUUAUAGUGCUUGUGGGAGCUGCGCCUGAGUAUCAUAUUGACCAAGAAGAAAUUCCAAUUAGCAGAGCUGAGCUUGCUAAACACAUCCAUUUUGCAAAUAACUUCACAUCUAUAGUAACCGAGUGGUACCUAAUUGAACAAGAAGCGUAUAAAGUGAGUCUUGCAUCUUCUCUGUUUUUUGCUGGAUUGCUUAUUGGAAAUAUCAUAUUUGGCCCUUUGUCGGAUAAGCUGGGCAGGAAACCAGUUUAUAUAUCAGGUCUAUUUUUUGAUGUCAUUUUUGGGUAUGUCACAGCAUUAGCUCCAAAUUAUGACACGUUUGCAGUGUCGCGUUUUUUUGUUGGAAUUGUGAAUGGUGGAAUGGCUCUUGUGUCUUUUGUCCUAACACAAGAAUAUGUAGGAAAAUCAUUUUGGUCAUUUACAGGUUCGCUAACUAAUUUGACAUUUGCAGUUGGUAUUGCUGUUUACGCACUGCUGGGUUACUGUGUAAGAGAAUGGCGCUACCUUGCCUUGAUAUCAAAUACUCCAGGAGUCAUCUUCUUUCUUCUUUCUUUUAUGCUCCCAGAAUCACCCAGAUGGCUCUAUUCCCAAGGGAAAACUGCAGAAGCUGAACAUGUGUUGCAAUAUAUUGCUCUUGGUAAUGGUAAAGAGCGACUGAAUCUAAAAUUAAAACCAAGUGCAGGAAGUCUGAGAAAGGAUGAAUCGGCACCUGGUAUCCUAAACUUAGUAAAACACCCAGUUCUUCGGUGGCGAACUGUCAUACUAAUGUACAUCUGGUAUGUCUGCAGCUUUAUGUACUAUGGACUAACUCUAAAUGCUGGUGAAUUAAGAGGAAAUCUAUAUUUAAAUGUGGCUCUUUAUGGUCUUGUGGAAGUUCCAGCAUUCCCUCUCUGCAUGUUUUUUAUUGAGAAAUCCUGGUCUGGCAGGCGAAGAACUAUGACCUCUUUUCUGGUAUUUGCGGGAUUUGCUUGUAUAUUUACUCUGUUUUUACCAACAAAUACUAGUUUGUUCUUCAGCCCCACUUUGUUAGCUUUGUGUGGAAAAAUGAUGGUCAGUGCUGCUUUCAACAUCGUGUAUAUUUAUACUUCGGAACUAUACCCAACAGUACUGAGAAAUGCUGGCUUGGGUGUCUGUUCCAUGUCUUGCAGAUUUGGAGGCAUUUUGGCUCCAUUUGUACCAUCUAUGAAAUCUCUUGGUCCUUUUGUACCAUUUGUGGCUUUUGGAAUCAGCGGACUGUCGGCUGGAUUCUUGACUCUCCUUCUACCAGAAACACUAAAUAAGCCAAUUGCAGAGAGCAUCGAAGAUCUUCAGAUUCCCAAAUACCAAAUGUUGAAAAACAAAAAGGCAUAG